AUCAUAGUGUUGAUCCACCAUUCUCUCUUAAGGCCACAUCGUUGCCCUCUCUUUGCCACUCUCAUUUCUAUUCCUCUCUGAGCUAGGGUUUUAGGCUUCCAGCCGCUUUGUCCUCGGCGGCGCCCUUCCUCAGUUCAUAUCAAAGUUUUGGUAAGGAUGGUGAGAGUCAAUGUCUUGAAUGAUGCUCUUAAGAGCAUGUACAAUGCCGAGAAGCGUGGAAAGAGGCAGGUGAUGAUUAGACCCUCCUCCAAGGUGAUAAUCAAGUUCCUUCUGGUCAUGCAGAAGCAUGGAUAUAUUGGUGAGUUCGAAUAUGUAGAUGACCACCGAGCCGGCAAAAUAGUGGUUGAGUUGAAUGGGAGAUUGAACAAAUGUGGUGUUAUUAGUCCUCGGUUUGAUGUGGGUGUUAAGGAAAUCGAGCCCUGGACUGCAAGACUGCUUCCAUCACGACAGUUUGGUUACAUUGUGCUGACAACAUCUGCGGGCAUUAUGGACCAUGAAGAAGCUAGGAGGAAGAAUGUUGGUGGCAAAGUGCUUGGGUUUUUUUACUAGAUGUGGCUUUUGCGAGACAAACAUGAUGGAUUAAGACCAUCCUUAUUUUUUUCUAUAAGGAAUUUUGAAACUAUGUAUCUGUUGUUUAUCCGUUGGUUUUCUUUGGUUUAAGUUUGAUGUUGAAUGCUGUAGGUGUUUGCAAGACCUUUAUUUUGGAGGUACAAACUUGAUUUCUGCUUCA